GGCUUUGGAGCCUGUCCUGGAACUAGCUCUUGUAGACCAGGCUGGUCUCGAACUCACAGAGAUCUGCCUGCCUCUGCCUCCCGAGUGCUGGGAUUAAAGGCAUGUGCCACCAUCGCCCGGCUCCUAGGACAUUUUGAUUGAAAGAGAUUUCACAAAAUAACACCUCCUGUUGCUCCUAAGUCCCUUUCGUUCUUCUUUCUCACUUCUCUUCUGUGUCCAGGCUUAGACCUGACAGUGCCUCUGUCUGCCUUCCCUCUGUAGGAUAUUGGCAGUGUGUGGUAUGCACCCUGACCACCAGGAAACCCUGAAAAAGAACCGAGUGGUGCUGGCCAAGCAGCUGCUGCUGAGUGAGCUGUUAGAGCAUCUCCUGGAGAAGGACAUCAUCACACUGGAAAUGAGGGAGCUCAUCCAGGCCAAAGGGGGCAGUUUCAGCCAGAAUGUGGAACUCCUCAACCUGCUGCCCAAGAGGGGACCCCAGGCUUUUGAUGCUUUCUGUGAGGCCCUGCGAGAGACCAGGCAAAGUCAUUUGGAAGACUUGCUGCUCACAACCCUCUCUGAUAUUCAGCAUGAACUCCCACCGUUGAGCUGUGACUAUGACACAAGUCUCCCUUUCUCGGUGUGUGAGACCUGCCCCCCUCACAAGCAGCUCCGCCUGUCCACAGGUCCCAUGGAACACUCCUUAGAUAAUGGGGAUGGUCCUCCCUGCCUUCAGGUGAAGCCAUGCACUCCUGAGUUUUAUCAGGCACACUACCAGCUGGCCUAUAGGUUGCAGUCUCAGCCUCGUGGCCUGGCACUGGUGUUGAGUAAUGUGCACUUCACUGGAGAGAAAGACCUGGAAUUUCGCUCUGGAGGGGAUGUGGACCACAGUACUCUAGUCACCCUCUUCAAGCUUUUGGGCUAUAAUGUCCAUGUUCUACAUGACCAGACUGCACAGGUACCUGCGGCUGGAAAGGCUGGCGUGUGAAUCGGGUGGGCUGUACUUUGGGCUGGGUGCUUCUGUUCCUCUGGGCCUCCUGGAUGUUUCUCACUCACUGUUUGCUGCUUCCUACAAUCUAGGGAAAAGAAGGAGAGUUAGCCAGUUGCCUGGACAUUGCUGUCUUAAGGUAGCUGUGCUUUCGUGGAGUUCCACAGUUCAGGGUCGGGUUCCCACAUUUAUGUGUUCAGAAACUUAACUCCUAGUCACUCAGGAAGUAAUGAAACACCGAGAUCCUCCCAAACAAACUCCAAAAGGGUAUUUAUAAAUCAGGCCACACAGCCAUUUACUUCACAGUUGAUACCGUUACUUAAGAUCCCAAUUAUUGUUUAAAGCAUUACUUUUGGCAGAUUCAGUUCUUUUCAAGUAGAAGAAUAUAUGCAGAUGCUGUUUAGUGGUCAUCUGAUUAAGUCAGUGCUGGAUUGUUUUAGGGUAGGUUGCUUGCUCGCACGUCAUAAGCAUUUUGUUGUGGGCUGCUCCUUAUUGACUUAUUUCUGAGCUUCUCUGGUGACUUUUAAGAUUUAUAUUUUGAAAUUGAUAAUGACCUAUUUGUAUACUAUUCUGAACUGCUUUUGUUCUGUAAUAGUAUGUUCUUAAACUUGAUCUUUGGGCUUAGGGAGGUAGAAUUUAAGGUUCUGAGCCAUGAUGAGGCAGGAGAAUCAGAAGUUAGAGUUUAAGACCAGUCUUUCAUAGUAAGUUGAAGGGUGGCCAGGACUACGUGAGACCCUGUCUAAAAAAAAUUCCCUUUGGCCCCUUGAGGUAGAGGAUCCUGGUUUUGUGUUGACAGUUUGUUGUGGUCAUCUUGGCUAUCCCACUUCUAUGAGAAUUAUGUAUUUACUAUACUUUGGGUGUGGCCAGUUUCAUCUCUAGGUGUCUCAAUGCCAUUCUUGACGUGAUUCUCUUGCCAGCUUGCCCAUAAUUGCCCGUUUAAAAUAGAUCCAUUCUUGCUUCAAAGCCAAGGCUGGAAGUUGAGAUCGUGGCUCAGUGGUUGGAGCAAUUGCCUAGCAGGUGCAAAGCCCUGAAUUUAGUCCCCUACACCAGGAAAAACAAAAGUCAGAGAUGGAACAUUUUUUUUUCCCCUCCAUCAAAGGGACUGAAUGAAGUAGGUAGCUUGUCCACCUCUGCUACUUUUGAGGGAGUUGUAAGGUCAUCUAGCCAGAUUUGUGCUGUAUUUGUUUUCUAAGAGUAUUUUGUGUCUGUUUCAUAUAAACUUCUAGGAAACUGUUUUGUCAUGGUCUUCUAAAUAGUGUGUUGGGCAGUAGAUCUUUGAUACCUAAUAAAGGUUUCAAUACUGUGUCACGAAUACAGUUGAAUACUGCUGUCUUUUCGAGACAUUCAGGAGACUUUGUGAGUCCAUAAAGUACUUUUUAUAGGCCAGUUCCAUUUAAGCUGUAUCUAAGGCAGAUUCAAGGGCUUCUAAAGUCUCAUUCCCAUGUUUUUCUGUCACUUGAGUUGCAGUGAAGCUAAAUUUUGAGCACCUUGUAAUUUGACACGCACAAAUUUAAUGUUCUGAAAUCGAGGAUAGAUAAUGAGUGUGCUCUCAGCAUCAUUUUGUUCCUCUAUCACUAAUAGAGCUGGAGCUUCUGUUCUUACAGGAGGUGAAAGUAAAAACCACAGGAGUAGAUGAGGUCAGAAAAGUAGUCAGAGCAGGUAAAACUGACAGGCUCCUAAGGGAGACAGCCUAGGUAGAAGGAGCAGUGUGUAGAUGAUAUGGACGUGAUAAUCCAGGGAAUGCCGUGAAUAUCGUACUUUGUUGCAUUGGGAAUGUGCAGAAUGCCCUCUUCUUUUUUUUUUUUUUGGUUUUUUGAGACAGGGUUUCUCU